CUCCCUGCAAGCAAUUCACUGGAAGAGCAUCACAGCACUUCAGUGCCAUUGAAUUAUUUUCAUUAUUAGCUGGCAAAUACUAACUUUGAAUUCCUGGGUUUCUCCUGCUCUCAGGGUGUGCAGCUGCUUGUGCCUUCCCAAGCACCCUGCUCCCCUCAGCUCCCUCUUUUCCAGGAUCUUCUGCAGCAGUUUAGUGAGAAAACAUGGCCUGAAAGUUAAGGAGCGUGGUGUUGCACAGGGAAGGCUGAGCAGAGAGCAGGCUGUGCAGUGCCAAGGCUUUCUGUGAGUGCUGUGGUGGCUGUUUCUGUGCAAUAGGAAGUGUUUUCUGCACAGUGUGUCAUUCAGCCUCUUGGGAAGUGCUGGCUGGCGUUUUCCCUUCCUGGAAUAUCUCUGAGCUGUGCUGUUGGUUUCUCUCUGAAUUCUCUGCAAGAAAAUCAGGGUUUGCAAGAGCAAAGUGCGCAUGGCCAGCAGUGAGUCCAGGUAGGCAACCUGGCCUGGAUCAGGAGCAGUGUGGCCAGCAGGACCAGGACAGUCUCAAGUUCAGGUUGGGCACCAGGAGGGAUUUCUUCACAGGAAAGCUUGCUGACAUUACGUAUUUGUUUUGGUUUAGGGUAAAUUUGGGAGUAAAGUUUAUUUAUUUAUUUAUUUGUGUGUUUUUUUAGGAAAUAGAUUUAAGUUGUUGUUUUUUUAAAUUGUUUUGGGAAGGGGCUGCCCAGGGAGGUUUGGAGUCCCCACCCCUUGAGGUGGCACUCAGUGCUGUGGGGUGGGGAUUUGGCACAAUUUGGACUUGAUGGUCUGAAAUGAUUCUGUUGUUCUGUCUUCUCACGGAGAUGCAAAGAUUCCUACUCAUAUGUGGCAAGAGCUGUUUUCAGGGCUCAUGUCUGACUUCCCUCCCUAUUUAAUUAUUAUAUUUUCGGAUCUUUUGCUUUUGUAGUUUCUCUGCAGUCCUGGCAAAGAGGAGGAGAGACAAUGGGUCUCAUGUCAUGGUCUGGCAUGGGCAGCUCCUCGAGAUUGGUUUAGAGGCUCUGGCCAUGGAUCAGAAGGGCUAUCGUCGGGGCAGCUUCCAGAGUGCCACCAGUGAUGAGGAUAUGCUGGAAAUAGCUGGAGCAUCCCUGGAUUUCUCCGUGGCAGAUGAUGACCCUCCACUGGAGAGGGAGAUGGGAGGCUUUUCCUCAUAUAAUGGAGGAGGGAUGAAUGGCACGAGCACCAUGAUGGAUUUCCUGGAGGAGCCUCUCCCUGGCGUGGGCACCUACGAAGAUUUUAACACCAUAGACUGGGUGCGAGAGAAAUCCAGGGAUCGGGACAGGCACAGGGAGAUCACCAACAGGAGCAAGGAGUCCACGUGGGCACUGCUGCACAGCGUGAGCGACGCCUUCUCUGGCUGGCUCUUGAUGCUCCUCAUUGGUUUGUUGGCAGGUUCCUUGGCAGGUCUGAUAGACAUCUCUGCCCACUGGAUGACAGAUCUGAAGGAAGGAGUGUGCUUGGCAGGGUUCUGGUUCAACCACGAGCACUGCUGCUGGAAGUCCAACACCACCUUCACCGACAGGGACAAGUGUCCCGAGUGGAAGAGCUGGUCCCAGCUCAUCCUUGGCCACGGAGAGGGGGCCUUUGCAUAUAUCCUCAACUACUUAAUGUAUGUCAUCUGGGCCUUGAUGUUCUCCCUCCUUGCUGUGCUGCUGGUGAAGGGCUUUGCUCCCUAUGCCUGUGGCUCAGGGAUCCCAGAGAUCAAAACUAUCUUAAGUGGUUUCAUCAUUAGAGGCUACCUGGGCAAGUGGACGCUGGUCAUCAAAACCAUCACGCUGGUGCUGGCCGUGUCCUCGGGGCUGAGCCUGGGCAAGGAGGGGCCCCUGGUCCACGUGGCCUGCUGCUGUGGGAACAUCCUGUGCCACCUCUUCACCAAGUACCGCAAGAACGAGGCCAAGCGCAGGGAGGUGCUGUCAGCAGCUGCAGCCGCCGGUGUGUCCGUGGCUUUUGGAGCUCCCAUUGGAGGAGUGCUCUUCAGCCUGGAGGAGGUGAGUUACUACUUCCCUCUGAAGACGCUGUGGCGCUCCUUCUUCGCCGCGCUGGUCGCCGCCUUCACCCUGCGCUCCAUCAACCCCUUUGGCAACAGCCGCCUCGUGCUCUUCUACGUGGAGUUCCACAUGCCAUGGCACCUGCUGGAGCUGGUGCCCUUCAUCCUGCUGGGGAUAUUUGGUGGGCUCUGGGGAGCUUUCUUCAUCCGCAGCAACAUCGCCUGGUGCAGGCGGCGCAAGACGACGCGGCUGGGCAAGUACCCGGUGCUGGAGGUGUUGGUGGUCACGGCCAUCACGGCCAUCCUGGCCUUCCCCAACGAGUACACCAGGAUGAGCACCAGCGAGCUCAUCUCCGAGCUCUUCAACGACUGUGGGAUCCUGGACUCGUCCAAGCUCUGUGAAUAUGUGAACGAUUUCAACAGCACCAAGGGGGACGACCUGCCCGACCGCGCCGCCGGCCCCGGCGUCUACACGGCCAUGUGGCAGCUGGCACUGGCCCUCAUCAUGAAGGUCUUCAUCACCAUCUUCACCUUUGGCAUGAAGGUGCCCUCGGGGCUCUUCAUCCCCAGCAUGGCCGUGGGGGCCAUUGCAGGCCGGCUGCUGGGGGUAGCCAUGGAGCAGUUGGCUUUCUACCAUCAUGACUGGGCCAUCUUCAGUGGCUGGUGCAGCCCAGGGGCCGACUGCAUCACCCCUGGUCUCUACGCCAUGGUGGGCGCCGCCGCCUGUCUGGGGGGGGUGACCCGCAUGACCGUGUCUCUGGUGGUCAUCAUGUUCGAGCUCACCGGGGGGCUGGAGUACAUCGUGCCCCUGAUGGCAGCAGCCAUGACCAGCAAGUGGGUGGCCGACGCCAUCGGCCGCGAGGGCAUUUACGAUGCCCACAUCCGUCUGAACGGGUACCCGUUCCUGGAGGCCAAGGAGGAAUUCUCCCACAAGACGCGCGCCAUGGACGUGAUGCGGCCGCGCAAGAACGACCCCGCCCUGACGGUCAUCACUCAGGACACCAUGACCGUGGAGGACGUGGAGACCGUCGUCAGCAGCACCACCUACAGCGGGUACCCCGUGGUGGUGUCCCGGGCGUCCCAGCGCCUCGUGGGGUUUGUGCUCAGGAGGGACCUCAUCAUUUCCAUCGAAAACGCCCGGAAGAAGCAGGAUGGGAUCGUGAGCACCUCAAUUAUUUGUUUCACUGACUACUGUCCCCCCCUGCCUCCGAGCUCGCCGUCAGUGCUGAAGCUCAGGAGCAUCCUGGACCUGAGUCCCUUCACGGUGACGGACGAGACGCCCAUGGAGAUCGUGGUGGACAUUUUCCGCAAGCUGGGGCUGCGCCAGUGCCUGGUCACGCACAACGGGAAGCUGCUGGGGAUCAUUACCAAAAAGGAUGUACUAAAGCACAUUGCACAGAUGGCCAACCAGGACCCCGAGUCCAUCCUCUUCAACUAGAGGCAGACUGGAGGGGUUGUGUGUCCCACACACCUGGAACUUUCUAGCCCAUCCUGGGCAGACUUUCCUAUUUUUAUUGAGACCGUGGACCUGUUUCCAGUUUUCCUCCAUGGAGCUGAAGAAGAUAUUUUUUCUUUUUCUACCAGAUAACCAAUUGCACUACGGAAUCUGUGGAACACAAUCUUCUUUUUAGAAGGAAAAAAGGAGACUUUAUUUACACUGCUUUUGUGAAGUUGCGUUGGAAAGAUUCCAUGAAGGAGUAAAAACAAAAUGUUAGAGAACUGUA